AUGUAUUUAUUCCUUUGUAAUCUGUGUAUUAAUGGGAUCAUUGGUGCUUCAUCUUUCUACCCAAAGAUACUUUAUGACAUUUCAUUUGACUCUCAUGUGAUAACAUACGUGGGGUGCUUGACCCAGAUAUUUGUAAUAUUUUUCUAUAUUUAUGGUGAAUGUACUAAUCUGACAGUAAUGGCUUAUGACAGAUAUGUUGCCAUCUGCAAGCCACUUCACUAUCACUCAAUUAUGAAUAUUAGAAAAGUGUGGACACUGAUUCUUCUAACAUGGCUUUUUUCAUUGAUGGAAUGCAGCAUUGGUUUGGUACUAUUAGCUAGGUUACCUCUCUGUGGUGUUGACAUUGAUAAACUCUACUGCUCAAACUGGGCGGUGGUGAAGCUCUCAUGUGUUGACACCAGUCUAAACAACAUCUCUGGCUACAUUUUCAUGUUUUCUCACUUCUCUCAAGCGAUGCUCAUCUUGAUUUCCUACAUAAAUAUAAUCAAAGCAUCUUUGAAUUCACAGGCCGAGUGGAGGAAGUUCAUGCAGACCUGUCUGCCUCAUCUGAUCACCCUGGCUAACUUCUUUACAUCCAUAUUCUUUGACUUGAUUUAUGCUCGUUAUGGCAGCAACACCAGUAUGUUGGCCCUGAGGAAUAUCAUGUCUGUGGAGUUUCUAGUUGUUCCUCCUCUGGUAAAUCCUAUCAUAUAUGGAAUGAACCUCAGUCAGAUUCGGAAUAGUGUUGGACAGAUGCUCAACCAUAAAUUGCUGCCCUAG